CCGCCGGGAGUUUCCGAAAAAUCACAUUCAGCCGUCAAGACUGAACAAUGGUUAACAUGAGCUAUCACCAAUUUUUACUAAAAUAUCCACAUUCGAGUUCAAGACAGUCGAGAAGGCGAGCGAAUAGAAGAAAAAGGAAUUGUUGGGACAAUCUAUCUCCAACAAAUUUGCAGACUUGAUUAACAGAGACUUUCUAAAGGUCCAGUGUGAACCGUGUGGCCGAGUAUCUGUGAGUUGUGACUGACUGGCGAGAUGACUGCCGAGUGGCUACACCUGCCCCCGCCGUACCCCCCUGGCGUGGGGCCGUUGUGUGGUGCAGAGUUGGAGGCGUGGUAUGAGGACCUGCAGGAUAUUCUGGGCUCCGACACGGGAGGGGCAAAACUGGCACGUGCCCCCACAUGCACCGAGAAGGAGCCGGAGUUUCUGGAUGUUCUGGAGAGUUGUUCUCUGACGUGGCUGACAGAUGGAAGCCAGACGUGGGGCGAGGGUGUUCAGAGGGCAACAGAGGAGAUCCACAACACCCAGCCUCUGCAUCACACCUCAUCAUCAUCCUCCUCUUCUUCCUCCUCCUGCAUGAGUCCAGCUGUUGCAGAAGAGCGUCGGACGGAGGCUGAGAAUGGCAGAAGUGGAGAGAGCUCGGCGGGAGGUGGCAGUGAUCUGCUACCUCCUGAGUUCUUUGAGUUGCUGAGUGAAGGAGGAGUGGGAAUGGUGGAUCCGAGCGGAGCGGUGAUCAGCGGUGGCUAUUACUACCACCAUCAUCAACACCACCAAGUUACUAACGUCCAUCCUGCAUCUCCUUCAGCCAGCGAGGAGGAACUGCCCUGUGUCCCUGAUUCUCCAUCCUGCUCCUCCUCAGCCUCCCAGUCGCCAUCGCAAAAUUGUUCUUCUCCCUCCUCACCUGUCUCUUCCCCCUCUGUCUACCCAUCCUCCCGGCUGGGAAAACGCAAGAGGACCACCAGCGAGAGGGCCAACGGUGCCUUGCCCUCUUUCACCUCCUCCACGCAACGAACAUCCUCAUCCUACUCAUCUGCCAAAAAGAGUCGCAAAGAGAGAGAGCAGGAGAACGAGAGGAAAGUACAGGAGCUGACGGAGCAGAAUGAGCGUUUGAAAGCAGAGAUUGAAAGGCUGGGAGAGGAGGUGCAGAGGACACGUAGAGCCCUGAUAGAGAGAUUAGUCAACACCAGGAAAUGAGGGGAAAAAAAAUGAAAGACAGGAAGGAAGACAGGAAUUAAAGAUGACAGGUCCUGCAGAAUUGGAAUAAGCAGUGGUGGGGAAAGGUGUAACAUGGUGGUCAUGAAAUGCCUCUUAGACAGAUGGAAACCAAAGAUAUAUUUCAUAAGCAAGAUGAUUUUUGGAAAAGCAUGAGAGCUGAAGAUGGCAAGAAGCAGGAAAGUGAUGAAAGUCAAGACAAGAAAAGGCACAGAGAGAAGGGGCUGCAACAGCAUUGCGGCAGAUAAAAAGACACAGCACGUAUAAAGGAAAGGGAAGAACAGGCAGCUCUAAGUGCAAAUGAUGCAGUGGUUUUGAUGAAUGUUUGUCAUUUUAAAGGAUGCCUAACUCGAAGUUCCACCAAAUAGGAUGGCAGAAAUAACAGUUACGAGCAUUUGAUGAUUUGUAUGUUGGACAGAAAGGAACUUAAUUCAGAGUGCAUUUCAUUGUCAUCCGUUCCCACCAUUUUGCAAUAAUUGUAACUCCUACGGUAAGGGCUGCAAUCCAGCUAGCAGAGAUUAUUUGCCCCAAUUUGUGGAGAGUUAAGGAGCUCAGGAAAAGUUUGAAAGUGCCCUGUGCAGUGUGAGUAUGAGAGAAUGAGUUUUUUUGGGAGAGAAUUCAUACUCUUUCUUACUUUUUUAUAACUCAUGGCUUGUGUGUAUGUGUAUUUAGAUAAAGUAAGUAGGACCCGGCUAUACUUUCUAAGCUGACCUUUUCUAUCAAUAUGGGAAUUUGUGGUAGAAUUACCACAACUUGUUCUACCCUGAUUUACUAUUUUUAUAUACCACUGUAAUAUAUAUUCACAAUUGUACUGUAAUGGCUUGUACUGUAAAAUGCCAACAUAUCCACUUUUGUUUUCUCAUUGUAGUCACAUUAAUUGUUAAUCGUACAAUAAUAUGCAUGGCUUUUAUCAUUGAUGGCAUCAAAUCCAUGUAUUUUACCUAACCAUUUAUUUUAUCCUUCAUUGUAAUCUCAAAUUUGCAAUAAAAGAAAAAA